UCAUCACGAUGACUCAGCGGGGCUCACGGCGAGGAGGCCAAAGUGCACGCAGGGGAGCGCAUUUCAUUAACAUUACGUGCUAGUUUAACGCUGCUUUCAACAUUACACAACAUGCAGACGGUGGAGAGGUAAUCUGGAAUUAAGUGUGAAAAUGCUCUACAUGUAUCGUCACUCUGAUAUCUUCUCGUGUCAGAUAAUGUUAAAGAUGCCAAUCUCUUGACGAGUUUGUGAUGCUCUCGACGGUUCGUGGCAGCAGGUUGAGGGACCGUCAUGUACCAAGUUUAUAUCAAUUCGCUCUCAAUUAUCAGCAGUCGGUGUCCAGCCUUGUCAGAGUUUGAUCGUGCAUGUGUUCUGAGCGGCGCACUUCAUUGUUUGUGGAUCACUCACUCUAACUGGUACAGCUAGACAAAUACUGCGUUUGUCACGACUCUUCUUUGAAACUAAAUCUGCUGCAAGACUACUGCUUCUGCGGUACACCAUGAGGCGGCACUGACCCCCGCCAACGUAGGAACACUAACCCUUCGAGAUGCGAGUGAUCAGUAUGGAGGGAGCGGCGCCCCUUCAUGAUACAUCGUUUUUCCGGAUGGCUCAAGUGUGGGCGUGGGUGAUAUGUGUGUUAGGCGUCUCCGGUAACCUCCUCACUUUGGCCACGGCCGCGCAUCAACUGUAUCUUGCAAAGAGGAACAGGAGGAGCCUAAAAUCCGUGAGGCGGGACGGACUGGGGCGCGUCCCUCCGUCCUUCAUCACGCUGCAGGCUGACACUUUGCUGCUGCUCCACCUAAGCCUGUGCGACCUUCUCUAUUGCUCCAUUAACCUGCCAAUCAUCGCCCUCAACUACGACCUCGCCCUGUCCGACACCUUUACUCCGGUCCCGAGCGAGCAGUUCUGCACCGCCUCCGUAGUGUUCCGAUACCUGAACGCCCUCGCCGAGUGGAUGACGCUGGGGCUGUUGGCGGUGGAGCGCUGCCUCAACAUGGGCCGCGUCAGGGUGUCCCACAUCUUCAAGCCCGCCAAUACCUGCGUCCUCCUGGUGUGCUGCUGGGUGGCCGCGCUCCUCUCACAAGUGGUUCCCAUCAGUGACCACACCUACGGGUUCGACAACAUCACCUUCAAGUGUGACAUGAGUGCGAGCAGAAGCAAAAUGAUCUUCUACUCUCUGGAGACGCCGCUGCCUUGCCUUCUCAUGCUGAUGGGCACAGCGAGCAUCAUCUACCAGGUGUGGAGCAACAAGAGACGCCUCCUCGCCGCUCAGAUGCCGCUGGAGCUCGUGGAAAAGCGAAAUAGGUCCACGUGGAGGUCGACAGCUCUGGUGUUGUGCCUGCUGACGGUGUUUCUGCUCUGCGUCAUCCCCAACGCGGUAUACAACAUUGUCAGCAUCACGCGGGGGACCAACGAGGACGUGGUCGUGGCGUUGGUCACCUUCAUGAUCUACUGGGUGCAAUAUGGUGUCAAUUUCAUCUUAUACGCAGCCGGAAACAGGAAUUUCCGCCAGGCCUACAUACAGUUCCUGCAGGCGGUGAGUGAGACGCUGUGUCCAUGCUGCCACCUGAGGUCGCCGUCACCGAUGCCGUCACCCGUACCGUCCUCUCACAACGAUGGAAUCAUGGCAGGUGGUGUCUCUUGUCGUUCUAUUCCUACUGUAAGAAUUGAAGACGUGUCGAAAGUCACGCCUUCCACACCACAGUUUCGUGAAGACGCUUGGAACCGCCCAACAAACCACUUCGUAUCUUUCCUCACCGCCGAAUGCCUUAAGCCCUCACCUUUCUCUUCCUCUUCCUUGUCCUCCUCCUUCUCCUCCUCGUCUUCCUCCCUUUCCACGCGUAAGGCAUCCCUCAGCUCCUCCGCGUCCUGGGAAUCUUCGAGCACAUUAGUAACCUGUGCGUCGCUGAGCAGCUCGCUUUAGUGUUACCAGGGGGAGACGCAUGAACGCAGGCACGGAGCAGGGUGGCGGGCUACUAUAAUCGAUGAUUUUUUUUUCUUCCUUGAGACAAUCUCCAUUCAUAACAACAGCAGUGGUAGCAUAGCAUGACAAUGAGAUAAGUGUCAUGAAGCUAUUUACGAAAGAUUAAGUAUUUUGUAUUCUUGAAUAAAAAGUUGCAGAUAGGUAAUAAGAAAAUUAUGGACUGUAGUCUGAAAAUAUUUCAAUUACUGCUUAUGUGAGAAACUACGAAUGGAAUACAGGAGGGAAAAGACGAUGGUCUGGAUGGAUUGUGGCCAAUCAGUAGUUUUUAUUAUUGUAACUAAAUAUUACAGUCGCCAGUGUAUACUUUGUUCAAGGCAAUGAUUUGUUAAUACACUUCUCGUGGAGAUAAGAAGUUUUUCUGUCAAUAAUCGCGUCAGGAAAUCGUUGUUUCCUGGCAUGUGUAAUGGAUGUCCUCUCCGGCACAUCCCUUGACACUGCAGGAGGGGAAAACUUUACUUAGGCCUCCUAUUGAUUGUAUUUGCUGAAGGGCUCACCAGUACGUGACCAUUGUUCAUUUCAUUUUACUAUAAAACGAUUGUCACGAAUACACUCGUAAAACUGAAAGGCAUCCGGAGAGUGUGUGUCUGCAUCAGCGACUGAUGAGUAACAAUGAUGUGAUAUUUCGGCCGAAAGCAAAAUUCCGCAUCUUCAUAAAUAUCCGGAUUCAGAUCCGCUUGAAAAUCUAAUCAGUCAUUCUCUGACUAAAGGCGAAGCUCAAUAGGGACUAAUGACCGGGCCAGAUGGGUUUCAGUGUGACUCAAAUUUAAUUAUUCGCUACCAUUUGUCAAAAUGAAACAAUAACCUAAUGAAAAACUGGGCCUAACUUACCCUAAUAGUUUGGUAGCAGGUGCGAGUGGUGCAAUGGACGCCCAACAGGCCUCAGCGACCUGCGGUAUUAGCGCUGUGCUGCUCGCGACACAGCAAGUUCUCUCAGACAUUCCUUCACUCAGGACACGCCUGCAGACUAGCUACGCAUGACUCACUGAUGCCGUGUCCAUUCCUUCACGCAAAGUUUAUCAUUACAUUUGAUCUGAUGCUUGUACAGAGUUGAUUUAUCCUGACACACUAUGGAAAUGUGAUCUCUUAACUGUGGACUCACUGUUAAUGAUUCCGGUCCCAAAUGAAAUUCGAUCAAGUAAAGUUUCAUGUUUCAAACUAGUUAACUUCGAACAUUGUGUCAAGUGGAAUAAAGAGCUAAAUGAAUCAGUGGUACUAUGCUUUAUGUAUUUCCUUCUGUUUUUCCACACCUGUAACUAUCGUCACUUUUUUCAUCCUCCAUCUGUUUCUAUAAUAAUGACGAUCCCGUUCUCGAAGUCAUGCGGGAAACAGAAGACUUUUCCUACGGGUUUGUAGCAAUACCAUGACGCCUCCCUUCUGCCUUUCAUUCUCUGAGCAAGGCGGGAAAGCUUUGUGUUCCAGUAUCCAUUAAUUCGUUUUCUUCAGUUAUCAUCUAUAUAAAUCCACUUCGCCACUUAUUUUUGUGUAGAACUCAGGUACUCAUGCAACUCUGUUUUUUUUUAUAAUAA